AAAUUAAUUCGGCGGGCGCCGAGCUUUUUCCCUUUGAGUGCGCCAGGGAUUAUUUUGAGACCGGGCGCUCCAUCAUGUCGUUAUCAAAACUCGGUGGGUCCGCCGCGUGCAGCCGUCCGUCGGAUCCUCUCUCCGUUCCCUCCGCCACUUCCCGUCCUCUCCUUCCGCCGUCGCCCGCCGGCCUACCAUCAGACCUGCCAAGAGUAACGCCGGAGCCCGCCGGUCUGCCGCAGCCCCUUCCAGAUAAGUUGCAAUUCGAUCAGUAUUCUAAUAUAAUGGACAAAAGUUGGAUAAAUAAGUCAAGAUCCAGCGAUGAAUAUCUGAAUGGAGUUCAAAAUUUCAUUAAAUUUGCUUUUGAGAAAUCUAAUAUGAACGGAAAUAUUUUUUGUCCAUGUCAAAAAUGUGUACAUCGUUUUGCUCUCACUCCAAAAACUGUUGAAGAACAUUUGGUGUGGAAUGGUUUUCUAAAGGGUUAUACUACAUGGAUAUUUCAUGGAGAGUCCAUGUUGCCGUCUCCAUGUAAUCAACCCUCCUAUAGAAAACACACCUCUAGUUUUGGAUCUAGUAACACAAAAAGAAAUUCCGUAGAGCUGCACAUUGGUAAAGCUGCACGAGCAUCUGAGGCGGUUCCUCACACAUCAGGCUCGAAGAGUUAUACGAGGCGUACGAGGCGUAGAGAUGAAUUCAUGGAAGAGAAUGGGAGGGAGCCUGGUAAGGUAGAGUUCUGCGGAAUGACUCACACCCACCGAGAUGGCAGCUUUGUCCAAAAGAAGUCAAAAGAUAUGGUUGCUACAUCCCUUAUUCCAGAGCAUGUCGGGGAGUCGUCAUCAUCCGGUAAGACCAAUCGCGUCGAAGCUCAAGUAUUCACCAAAUUGAUAGGCUCAGAGCGUUAUGGUCGAGUGAGGGGUUAUGGCGUUGGAGUUACUUCCACUCAGUUGUCUGCAGUGAGCAGAUAUGCUCAAGAUGCCAGACAAAGUAAUAGCACUGCAGAAAUUUGUAGUCUGAAGGCAGCGAUGGAGGAGAUGAGGCAGAGCCAUCAGACAGAGAUGGAGGAAAUGAGACAGAGCCAUCAGACAGAGAUACAAUCUUUGAGGGCUCAGCUUGACCAGAUUGCAUCUAUGUUGCAUAAGUUUAUCCCUUCUCAGGUUGCUGAUACUUCCAAUACUCGUAGAGAUGAUGAUGAUGCCGCCAUCGACCCCUGAUAGCUUUUAGACUAUUCAUUUAAGAGUUUUAUAUAUAUAUAUAUAUAUUAUGUUUUUCGAAACAAUACAUGGACAAUGUUGAUGUAAUCAUAUUUGACCAAUAUGAAUAUUUUGAAUGAUCUGUUUGAUUGUGACUUCUAUUAUUAUAUGAUUUUUGUUGUUUA